CAGCUCUCUUCAUUUGCUUUUGAGCCGAUCGUGACAGCAACUAUCUGGAGUCAAUGUCCACCUUGGUGGCACAACUACCUAGGUAUUUGUCGAACAUGGGGAUUCGUUCCUUGAGCCAUUAUUGUUAAAACGCCCGGUAUGGUUAUUCAAUGGUCUGGCCGUGGCCUGCACAGCGCCUUUGUGAUCCUCUUAUUAUUCUCACCAUAUAUGUCAUGUUCCCUGUUGUCAGACUACAAAAUCUGCGGCGAUGCUGAAUGCGAAAGCCUCAUGAGCAGAGUGCAGGCCACUGAGGACCACCGUGGGAAGGACUGCCGGUUCCUGAGCUUCAACAGAGGAGACACCAUUUUUGUUUACCAUAAGCUGACUGGAAGGAGACAGGACCUCUGGGCAGGAAGUAUUGACAAACAGUUUGGAUAUUUUCCGAAAGACACCGUCAAGGAGGAGCAGGUGUAUGCAACUGCAGAGAAAGUUGUACAAACCCAGGAAUUUGACUUCUUUUGUCUGGACGAGAAUGGCUAUCCCACGGACUCAAGCCAACUGGAGACGGAUGAAGAUGAUGCCAAUGUUGACAAUGACCAUCAGGGAAACCCUAACUCUGAAGCCAACCAUGGCAGUCCCGACACCAAACUCAAAGAGGAUUCAAUGUCACAAGAUCAGUCGAGGUUUAACCACGGAGACGCGCUGUCUGAAAACCACAGAGAAGCUGAAGAUUCCGCCGGAACACUUGAAAACAUGGAUCCCGGGGAUGGCAGUGGAGACGGGCAUGAGCCAAACGAGCAAGGUGGGUCUCCCUCUUCUUCCUCAUCAUCAUCCUCCUGGUUUGGUUCAACAGUGACAGGACUCCUGGGUAUGCAACGAGGGUCAGAGCAUGCAGAGAUAGAGAACACCCCAGAAGAAGAGGAGGAGGAGGCAAAGGCAGAGGAAGGAGACAAUUCUUUGGCUGCCUCCGUGACACAAUGGCUGGGAUAUGUUGAACAGGGGGAAACUGAUGAAGCCACGCUAGCACAGGAUGAAGAGGGAACAGAAAGUGGGGGUACCGAAUCAGCUUUUACCUCGACUAUGAAUUCCUGGUUCGGUUAUGGAAAUGAGAGAACAGAGAAUGCUGAAAAAAGUGUGAAACAUGAAAUUGAAAUAGUGGAGGAAGAGGAAAGAAAAGAGACAUUUAGGAGUAGGAAGUUUGCUCUGGACCUAGAAAGCCACCAACAAGAGGAGGAGUUAGCUGUUCCUGGGACAUUUGAUUGGCUCGGAGAUUCAUUGUCAAGCACGAUUGGGUUUGGUACUACCCGUCAGGUUUCAGGGCAGGAAAGAAAAACUGACAAAGAGGAGGUUGAAAAUAAUAAUGUAAAGCCUUCCCCAUCUCACUCCUGGAAUGACCUUGGGAUUGGGGAUGUUUUAGGCUUUGGUAAGACUGCAGGCAAAAUGGACAGCACAGUGGAAAGUGAAUGGAAAGAAAAAGAUAUUGACGUGGAAAAACAUGCAGUGCUCCAGAGUAUAGAGACCAGUCCAUCGCAAAUGAUCCAGGACAUGAGAGAGCCUACAAACAUCCACAACGUGGACACCUGUCUGUCACCACCACCAUCAUCACUCCCACAACAACUACCCGGUGAGAAAAUAAUAAUGACAGAUUAUAGAGUUCAAACAAAAGCUAAAGUGCUAGUAGCAGGAGUAAACAGUGAAGAGGAUAGUGUGUCCAACACCAUUGACUUUCCACAAAGUAGAGAGGAAAGUCCAAUCGAGACCGAUUUGAGAGACACAUUGUCACUCAAUGUUAAUAGUGAUAUUGAUGAUGUGUCAGAUAGUAUUAGCAUGAUGACAGAUAAUGAAUCAGAGGGAGCUAAUCUUGAUGAGGUCAAAGCUCUCCAUAUCAGGUUGGAAAAGGAUCCCAAGACGGAUCCCGCAAGUGACAGCUUUCUGUCUGACCUGGAUAAUGUCCUGUCACUAGAUCAGGUAGAUGAUUAUGAUGACAAUGAAAAGGGGGGAGGGACGAAGGAAGCAGAUGAGGAUGUUUCUGCACAAACCAAGGACGGAAAUGACCCAGAUUUAACGCAAUAUUCAUUAGAAAGUGAAAAUGAUGAAGUGUCAGUAGAAGCAGUGUUUGAUGGCAAAGCUGCUAAACAUGAGGAGGAUACAACUGAAACAGGAAUACUCAACCCAGGCGUAGCACCAACUAAUACAGCAGGGGACCAAAUAUCUGCUUCUACACAGUUUCAUGAUCCAAUGCAACAAAAUCAAGGGAAUUACAUGAAUUCAAGAAAUGGAGAAGAGACAGUUCAGGCAACUGACGAUGGACUCCACCUCACCUUUGAAGCUGAAGAGCUCAAUAGUUCCCAUCUUGAGGCCUUAUCUGACAGUGUGGCAAGAAAAACGGCGGAAACUGAAAUGAACAAGAUGAACACACACAUUAUCUCUGCUGCGACUCAAGUAGAACAAGCAGUAGAGCUGAGGACUGACUCAGCCCUCGAUCAGCUUAGCCUCAAGGAGGCUGGCAAAUCUAAACACACACUGAGCUACUCUGAAAGACAAUCCGAGGAAAAUAAAAUAAGUUUGACCUCUCAUGAUAUACAUACUGGAAUAGUGGAUGGGUAUCCUAAUGUGGAUACCAUAGAUCACCCCUCUGGUCCUCCACCAAUGCCAGGGAGCCCCGAACGCAGUGGUGUUAAUACAGACGUUGUACAUUUAGACCCUUUUAAGAUAGGUGCAGUGCCUGAUGAGAACACCCCAGAAGAAGAUGAGGAGGAGGCAAAGGCAGAGGAAGGAGACAAUUCUUUAGCUUCCUCGGUGACACAAUCGCUGGGAUAUGGUGCACAGCGGGGAACUGAUGAAGCCAAGCUUGGACAGGAUAAAGAGGGAACAGAAAGAGUUGAAACAAAAACUAAAGUGCUAGUAGCAGGAGUAAACAGUGAAGAGGAUACUUUGUGCAACACCAGUGACCUUUCACUUGAACAAAGUAGAGAGGAAAGUCCAAUCGAGACAGAUUUGAGAAACACAUUGUCACUAAAUGUUAAUAGUGACAUUGAUGAUGUGUCAGAUAGUAUUAGCAUGUUGUUGAUUACAGAUGAUGAAUCAGAGGCAGCUAAUCUUGAUGAGGUCAAAGCUCUCCAGAUCAGGUUGAAGAAGGAUCCCAAGACGGAUCCCUCAAGUGACAGUUUUCUGUCUAAACUGGAUAAUGUCCUGUCACAAGAUCAGGAAGAUGAUUAUGAACACAAUGAAAAGGGUGGAGAGACGAUGGAGGCAGAUGAGAACGUUUCUAAACAAACCAAGGAGGGAAAUUAUCCAGAUUUAAGGCAAUAUUCAUUAGAAGCCGAUGAAGGAUCAGUAAAAGCAGUAUUUAAUGGCAAUGGUGGUAAACAUGAGGAGGAUAAAACUGAAACAGGAACCCUCAACCCAGGCGUAGCACCAGCUAAUUCAGCAGGGGAACAAAUAUUUGCUUCAACACAGUUUCAUGACACAAGUUUGACCUCUCAUGAUAUACAUACUGGAAUAGUCGAUGGGUUUACUAAAAUGGAUACCAUAGAACAACCCUCUGGUCCUCCACCAAUGGCAGGGAGUCGUGAACGCAGUUGUGAUAAUAAAGACGGUGAACAUUUAGACCAUUUUAAGAUAGGUGCAGUGCUUGAUGAAGAACAACCUGUAACAGAAGCUCAGAUAGCUGAUGGGGGCGAUGUCCUUGAUAGCGACAAUUUUCACGAAAGUGUUGAGCCGUUGGUUUCUCUAUUUGAAAAUCCCAAAUCGACAACUGUGGAAAACACUAUUAGUGACACUGUGAUAAAAAUGGAGGGAAAGGAAAUGCAAGAGAGAGAUGAAGACACUGAAAUAGUGGAGAAAUUGCAAAUGGAAAAUACAGAGAGCCUGCAUCUAGCUGUUAAGAAUCAUUCGAGUUGGAUCAGAGAUAAUGAGAGCAAAGUGCGAGCCACAGAAAGUCUGAAACAGGACCAGAUUAUCAUGGAUGAACCUUACAGAGAAGAGGAGUCAGAUUAUGCUCCCACAAACGAAUUUCAACCAGAUAAUAUUGACCAACUGUAUUCAGGUGUGGCCACCUUUCCUGAGCCUUCAAUAAAUGAGAAGACCGAAUCUAAUCAUCAAAGCGUUAUCACAGAUCAGGUCACAACAAUUGUAGAGGAAGGCGAAAAUGUGAACUCUGAUAAUUAUGAUGUAAGCAUAACGGAACAAUCUGAUAGCAUUGUUGUAAACAGUGAUGACAUUAGUAUGAUUUCAGCCUCACACAAUGAUGCAGUUUCUUCAGUGCAGGCUGUUAUUGUUGAUUCUUUGAAACCUGACUUUCCCGUUGAAGAUAAAGAUACAGUUAGGCCUGAAAGUGUUGGUGGGGCUUUUGGUAUGUUCAAAAAUGCUUUUAGUUACUUCAGUCCAACCCCCAGUGCUGAAAACCAUAAUUUGAAGCCAAUUCCUGACAGCAGUGGCAUAGGGAAGACAUUCAAGCCAGAGGGUUCUUUGACAUCGGAACAAGUUACACAUUUUAUCGCGGAUACAACUCUCGGAAAAGGAGUUGUACCCGACAUCCCUGUCUCCUCCAACACAUUACAGCCUCCGCUCCAGGAACACUCUCAACAUCCAGCCCCAGAAGUACCAAUUAAAGAAGGCACAGCGACAGCUCCGACAAAACCCAAGGCCCUCCAAGGCUAUUUCAGUGUCGAGGAGACCGCCCUUUUAACUGAGCUCUUCGGUCGACACAAACUGCAGUGGGUGGAUUUUAUCCUCAGAAAUCCUGAGAGCACUGGUGAAGACAUGGGUAAUGACCGGUCUCUUCUCCUUGAUAUGGAAAGUCUCUUGCUCUACCAUGUUGGCCAACUGGCACAAAGGCAAGACAAUACAGAACAAACCGGAGAGCUCACUGGCCUGAAGAAACUUCAAAUUCUGUUGGCCAGAGUUAAAGAAAUUCUCAACAUUGGCCAAUCAGAGGUUGUUAACACAAACAAUGAAGAUGAUGCCAGCUGCAUCAGCACACCUUGUCUCUCGACAGAAAAUGAUAAACAGACUGCCAUGGGAAAGCCAAGAAAGACAAGAGGAUCAUCAGAAAGUGUAUCAGAAAAGACCCCAACACGCCCAGGGGUAAUAAGGCAGUUGAUGGAUUUUGUUCACCAUUCCACAAAAGAUGUAUGUCUCCAGCUCCUGGCGGUGAAUGAGCUGCUCAGAACGCUCAUUGUGCAGGUGGUGUUGGUGCUGCCCGACGACAUCAGACCUGGACCUGACCUAUAUGGAGUGCCAUGGGAACCAGUCAUCAUCACCAGCCUGGUGGGGCUGGUCACUAUAUGGAUGUUCAGCUGUCGAUUUUGUAAUUCUGUCAAAAGCAGAAUGUAUCGAGGUAAAGAGAGGCGUGUGGCAAUGCACAUAGCAGACCUGCUGAAUGACAAGUGUAAAGUCCUGGAGGCUGUCAGCAAGGUCCAGACAGAGUAUGAUGAGUUGGAGGGUGUGCUGAGGGACAGCGGUGUCUUGGCCCAAACUGAAAAAGCAGAACAGCUGGAGCUCCAGUUCAGCCAAUUGGAGAGUUCAAAUCAGGACUUGGAGAGGGAUUUGGAGUUUCUGAAAGAGCAACUGAAAAUACAUGGAGAGCAUCGGGUACAGCAAGAGAGAACGAUAGCCGAGCUGGAGGAAAGCAUUAAAGCCAGUGAAAAAGAAACCAAGGAACUCCAGGCCCAAGAAGAAGAGGCUGUGACGACUCUGAAGAUCUACAACAUGAACAGUGAGCGUCUCCAGAGGAACCUGGAGUCAGCCGAAGAGGAGAACAUACUGCUCCAAGAGAGCAACACGCAGUUGAGUGAGCAGAUGGAGGGCUGGGUGGAGCGUGUGAGUGAGCUGGAGGACGAGAUGAGGAGGUGUGAGGCUGCCCACACAGGGAUGCAGCAGGACGUAGACACCAAGGACCAUCGCAUCAAGUACCUGACAGAUCGUCUGCUGAGCAUGAAGGCGUUGGACUCUGACCUGGAGCAGAACGACGAAGGAGAGAGAGAUGAGUCCAACGGGGAUGAGAAGGAGAGGCAUCUUCAGAAAGUCCAGAAGCUAAUUUAUGCUGCAAAGUUGAAUGCAGACCUCAAAUCGAUGGAUGAAGAUAAGGACAGAACGUUUGCCAAGCUGAACGAUGAAAUCCAAGCUAAAGAAGAACUCCAACAGGGCAUCAAGGGGCUAGAGGAGGAGCGGACCACACUGCAGACACAGGCGGAGCAUUACACAGAGCAGGUCCAACGGCUGCAGCAGAAACUGCUGAUCAUGACAGAGAUGUACCAAGAGAACGAGCUGAAACUGCACAGACUGUUAACGGUGGAAGAGAAGGAGCGCCUGCAGAAGGAGGAGAAGCUGAACAAAGCAGAUAAGAAUAUAUCUUUGGCCAUGGAGGAACUAGACAACUACAGGCAGCAGGCUGAGAACAUGGAGGAAGAGCUGGGAAAGACCAAGCAGUCGUACCAGACUCAGAUCUCCUCUCACGAGAAGAAGGCUCACAAUAACUGGUUGGCAGCGCGUUCCGCAGAGCGAGACCUGGCCGACAUCCGGAGAGAGAACACUCUGCUCAGACAGAAGCUGACAGAUACGCAGUUUAAACUGGACAGCAUCGACAAGGACCCCUAUGCCUUGGACAGCCUGGCUAGACCACUGCCUUUCAGAGGUGAGCGAUCCCCUUACGGCCCCUCCCCUCUGGGUCGCCCUGCCUCAGAGACCAGGCCCUUCCUGUCUCCCCCCACUCUGAUGGAAGGACCCUGUUCCAGAUUGUCUCCCAGAGUGCCUCGUGUCCCACUAGAGCCCCCUGGUGGUGGGAGGGAGCUGAUGGAGCGGAGCGGUGGUCCGCAUUCUGAUGGCUCCAACUCUCCCACAUGGGAGAGGGACCGCCGGGGCCCGCCCCCGCCUCCCGGGCACCUCGGACCCCCAGGAUACAUGUUCCCAGAUCCCGGGCCCCCCAUGUACCGGAGACCCCCGCCCAUGGGCCUCCCACCCCCCCAUCUCCUGCACUCCGGACCACCCGGACCCAUGCCGCUAGGGCCCCCCAGGGGCCACCCAGCCGCACUUGGACCCUCGGGAACCCCCAUGCCCAUGGACAAUCAGCCCCGUCUUGCUGAGCUGAGGCCUGAGGUCGAGGGCCGCAUGGGGGGAGACGCUGGCCCUCCCGGACCUCCCGGACCUCCCUUCCCUCGCCGGGGCCCCCAUGGGCCCCUGCCCCAUGAUUUCUACCCCCCACUUUCCAGGGGGCCGGAUGGGGGUCCCAGGAUGCCGAUGUGGCGCCCUCCUCCACACCCAGGGGCCAUGUUCCCGCCGUCUCGGAUGCUGCCCCCAGGCGGCCCUCCUCCUCUCCUUCCUAACCAGCCGUCCCCCUAUCCCUCUGGGGUGCGCCCUCCCUUUCCCUCAGCCCCCGCUGCCCAUCUACCUCCUCUCUCCAUGGACCCCCGGGUCAGCCCCCCAGAACAGACGCCCACACCACCAGCGCCGAGCGGGCAGGCUCCCUCGCCGCACCAGCUCCUCUGAGCCUCUGAAGGGCUGCCCCUCCUUGUUCCUUCAAGGGAGUUUCAUUCAGGUUUGGUACGACAUUUUAAAGGAGACUGAGAAUCCUGGAAGCUCUUCCCUCUUUGGGUUUGAUACGUCUUCACUUAAUGAUUGUUCUGAGCAGCAACAUGAUAAACCUGCUUCAUCUCACAUUUACUCAUCCUUCCUGCUUCACGUGUUCUCCUCUCCGCUCCUUCCUCUCUGUCUUCACUGCUGGUGUUUGCGGUGAACAGGUGUUUCCCGUCUGUCGUCGCCAUGGUGAUGGUGUCUGGUAGACCUUUGCGGGCUGUUUUUCCGUUUCCUGUGUGAGACUUACGCAGCAGGAACAACAUGUGAGCACAUAUACACGCUCUGUCUGUUUUUGAGCUGACGGUCAAAAGACAAACACUGAUUAUCAGCAGAAACAACCAGCCUCGCCACCUUAAUUCUUUGUCAGAUCCCUCCGGACGACCGUUUGUAUAGGGGAAUAUGGUGUAUGGUUGAACAGUAUUGGAGAAGAAUGGCAAGCUGUAAUCUGCCCAUGUCAGUCCUCUUGGUUUCACCUGAACAAAAAUGAGAAUAUAGUUUUCUGUAGAUAAUCUUUACUCAAUUGUAAAUAUCAUGUGACCUCUGGAUAUCGGAUUGUAUCACUGGUCCGUUAAAGACUGAGUGAGGACUAAAUUAUGCUAGAAUGUGAAUGAAAAUGAAACACAUUGUUACCUUUUUAAAUUCAGCGAUUAGUUGACUGACUUAAUAGAAUGGUCAUUUGAAAUGGAGGGGAACAGGAGGAAAAUGUUGUGCGCUAUGUGCCGUCCGUGGUGAUACAUAUUGGAUCAGUGACUGGAAGAGCGGCCUUUUGAAGGGCCAGAGGUUACAAUGAUUGAAUUUGUAUUGUAAAGAGAAAGUUGUAAUAAACAUUGCUUGUGAAAUCA